AUGGUCGGAACUGUCACUCAACUAUCAUCAGCUGCUACUCCUGUAGCUCCGAGGGAUGUUUCAUGUCUUACAACGUCCACCCCCCGUGUUACCAAGGUUAGUCGCCGACCACAUUCGCUUGAAAGUCAAAGGAAACCUUCGGAUGCAAGAAUCUCAACCGUCAUUCGUACAACUAUUCGAUCGCCACCACUGACUCGACCGAACGGGAGCAAUUCUGGAAAUAUUACAGAAAACUUAGAUCUAAUCUCAACUAUUAGAAACGUUCCUCACGAACCAGUAGAAUUACGUGAAUCAUUAGCCAACCAAUAUGGCGACGAAAGAUCGAGAAGUGCGACACGUCCUGUAACUGUUUCUAGGAUCUCUCGAUGUAACUUCCCGAAUUCCACAGGAUUACCGGCGAGCAAUCGAACAAUCAAAGACAACAGUUUUGCCAUUGAGCAAGUACAACAACAAAUCAAUACUUUGGAAGAAUUAAAAGAUGAGAGAAGCAGUAGUUUCGAAGGUGACCAUAGAUUAUUAAUAACAGCAAAAACGCAACCAUCAAAAUAUUUUCAAGCAUAUAAUGGUCAAAUUACUAAUACCUCUAGUGCUGACUCAAAGCAGGGUCAAAACCGUAGUCGUGUUACACCGACAAAUGUUUCCUCAGGUAAAGGACUAUUUUCGAAUGGAGAUCAGCUGGAUCCGAAAAGAAAGAAGAAGAAGAAACGUUUGGGUUUUGCUGUUUGUCCAUGUUCGUGCUCGUGUGCUAUCUGUUCUCUGCUUAUUGGCCUACUUCUGGUCAUUGGUCUAGCUGUCGCUCUUGCUAUUAUCUUAACAAGAAAUUCAUCACAAACAGCAUCGACUACAACUGAGACAACAAUCAUCACAACAGUAUCAACCACAGUGACAACAAAUGCAACUGCGAUUACGACUCCGACAACAGAUAAUGAAGUUACCACGGAAGAAGUAACAACGGCAAGCACCUCAACGACAGAUUCUACGAUAGCAACGACACAAACAACAACGUUGUGUCCUCCGACGGGUAUUGUAAAUUUACAAUCAUUCAGUGGUGUAAUGAGCUUAUGGACUAAUCAACAGUUCAACUACACAGCAACUAAGACGUCACCAACGUUGGUUUUUACAACCGUUUCCACCAAUCGUAUCUUUUACUUGGAUAGUGUCUCCGUUGUUGAUACAACUAAUAGUUCAAUAGAAUUACUUCAAAAUCCUGGCUUUGACAACUCAUCAACAGCACUUUUUGAUUGGCUUUUGUGGUGUUCUUCUACAUGUGGUGGGUCUGGUGGACAGCUAAUAUCUAGCAGUUGUUUGUCUGGAAAUUGUUUUCAGGAUGCUUGUAGCGGUGGUACUGAUUAUCUUCUUCAGACAUUUUCUGCCACGAUCGGUAGCACAUAUACGAUUUCGUUUUGGCUCAAACGAAGUGGCGCUGGUGGUGCUACUGGAAGUUUCUCUAUUGGCAUAUUUUGA